AUGACAGAACAAACAUCAUACGAGAAUUAUGACUUCCUACGGCGAGGCUCGAGGAGAAGCGGUGUGGUGGGCUCGCAAUCUGGAUCGAUAUCGCCACAUCGGAAACCAGUCAGACAGCAGAGCACGCGAAACAGCAACGGCACCAUGAGCGCUGCGAGCUCGUCAGAUAGGGUAUCGGCAGGGACCAACAUCACACAGCCACCAGCAUACUCGAAAAAGUUUGUAGUUGUAGGUGAUGGAGGAUGCGGCAAGACAUGCUUGCUUAUAAGCUACAGCCAAGGCUAUUUUCCUGAGAAAUAUGUUCCUACGGUCUUUGAGAACUACCUUUCACACACAGAACAUAAACCUAGCGGCAAGACAGUUGAGUUAGCACUAUGGGAUACCGCAGGCCAAGAAGAGUAUGAUCGCCUUCGACCACUUUCAUACCCGGAAACCGAUCUCCUCUUUGUCUGCUUCGCCAUCGACUGCCCCAACUCAUUAGAGAACGUCAUGGACAAGUGGUACCCCGAAGUCCUCCAUUUCUGCCCCACGACCCCCCUUAUGCUCGUCGGCCUCAAAUCAGACCUCCGCACCAAACGCGCCUGUAUCGACCUCCUCAAGACCCAAGGCCUAACCCCAGUAACGCAAGAGCAAGGUCAAAAUGUCGCAAGACAAAUGGGAGCCACCUAUGUCGAAUGCAGCAGCAAAGAAAUGCUGGGCGUACAUGAGAUCUUCGAUCUUGCCGUGGACACAGCGGUGGGCCGAGAAAUACAGAUGAAGGAGCGGAAGCAGACUCAGCAGUCGUUCGUUGGAAAGGGUGCAGCCGCAGGAGCUGGCAGGGAGAAGAAGUCGAAGAAGAGAGAAUGUCGGAUUCUAUGA